AUGUCGGGUCCAGCAGCUGCAGCAGGAGCUUCCAAGUUCCAAGCGUUCAUGAACCACCCAGCAGGACCCAAAACGGUGUUCUUCUGGGCACCUCUGAUGAAAUGGUGUCUGGUUGCUGCUGGUAUCAAGGACUUGACCCGUCCCGCAGACAAGCUCAGCGUUUCCCAAAACCUUGCCCUCGCUGGUACCGGCUUCAUCUGGGUUCGCUACUCCCUAGUCAUCACCCCAAUCAACUACAGUCUUGCAGCAGUCAACUUCUUCGUUGGGUUGUCGGGACUCACUCAGCUGGGAAGAAUUGCACACUACCGAUACAACAACCCAGAAUCUGCUACAACGGAGCCUGUCAAGGCAUGA